GGGGGGGCUUCAAAUUAUUUUUUAUUUUUUGCCAAUAAGUGUCUCUAUCGCUGCAUAAAAAUUGAUGUUACCCAACCAGAGAACCUGCAGGCUAGCUCCCCCCCCCCCUCCACUUUGGAAAUUGUGGCGCCGCCAAUGCAUGACACAAGGACCGACGAGAGAAAGGAACCUCCAACUAUCAAAAAAAUCAAGCUUACAACAAUGCACAUGCUGUCUAUACAUAAUAAACAAUACCUAGCAUUACAGACAGUGCCAGUCAUAUUAAAAUAGAACAUAGAAACUGAAAGUUGAUCCACUGCUAGAUGACACAAGCACUAACACAAGACUCAUAAUAAUGGCGAUUUGUAUAAAAAAAAUAAACGACGCUGCAUCGUGUUUACUUUGCAUCAGACAAAGGCUACGAUGAAGUUUAGUAGAGGGUAGAAUUGCGUAAAAUUUUCUGUGUUUGAUUUCUAUCUGCAAAAAAAUGUUCUACCGUCAAAAAAUUGGAGAACUGUCAGUCGCUUAAAUGAAAUCUCUGCGCAAUGAAACAGCAGCUGAUAAUUAGUUUUUGAAAAAAGAGGCAAAAUGUAGAUUGCUCUUAUAAUUAUUGCUCUUAUAAUAUAACUAAGUGAAUCAAGUAAAGUCCACCAGGACCUAUGUCAGAAAAAUAACAAUCAAAACAAAAAUCUUGGGAUGAGAUUAACUACAGAGGUGAUUAAAAAUUUCAAAUGUUAUUGGUCAUGUAGAAAUUACCUGAGGUACUGUUGGCAAGGUAUUGCUAAUUACAUUUCCUGUAGAGGAUAUAAUUAUCAAAGUUGGCAUAAUUUUUGUGCAGCGCCAUUCAUCUUACCCGAACCAUCCUGAAAUGUCGCCACUUUUAAAUUAUUAGGAAAAUUUCUAGUUAAAAUAAUGGACCUUUUCCCAAAUUAUUUUCUUUGAUGUGCCGCAAAGGUGAUUUUUCUUUCCUCUUCUGUAGGCUUGACGCUUGCUUAUAUUAAUCGGAAGUGCAAAUAAAAUGCAUUAGUUUUCAGUACUAUUUUUAGUUCUGCAGGAAAUGUAAACAAAAUAAUUUAAAAUAAUAAAUUAUUAGUGAAUAGUGAAUAAAUUAGUGUUGACUCCUUAUAUACAUGCGGUUGAGUGUUGCUGUUGAAUAGAAGUUAUGUGUGAAAACAAGGUGUCUUGCUACGUCACGAUAACAAAAAGAUAUCUGGAUACACAGUCUAGCGUGUUAUUCUGUUCUCAUGUUUAUAUCUAGCUGCUCAAGAGUUCCACCACCCCCUCCUCCCUUUUUGCUUACCACCCCUCCCCCACCCCCAAAUACAAGUAGUCGAAAGAAAAGAAUCAAGAACAACAUUACAUUGCAGUAGCUUUAUAUUUCUCAAGCACACCGUCAAGUGGCAACUGAGACGCUAACAAAAAAACUACUUUUGAUCGUUUUCGUUUUGAGUAGAAAGGACUGGGGCUUCCAUUGCUCAAUCUUUCCCAUAUUAAAAGAAGCCAUUAUAGGUCUGGCAUCAAGCGGUAAAAUGAAAGAUUUGCCGAUUUAUAAAAACAUAAUUCAGCGAUAAUAAACAGAGGAUAGUUUGUUUUGUUCACCUCAAACAGAGAUAAAGGUUUAGCAAAACGCCCUAAUCCCCGCCCCUCUGUUUCCAGUGAAUGAAUAAAAUGAAUGUAAUUAAUGCACGCAAAUGCAAGACAGGAAGUUGUAAAUCACACAUGUAUUUAUAAUUACUUCAAUUUAUGUUGUAUUUUGUAACAUCAAUUGACACUUUUAAUUUAAGUCUAUUGGAUAAUAUUUUAUCUCAUCAUACUGCUUCUGUAUGACACAGGUGCAGUCAGGACGAAGAGAAGAGAAUAGUAAGUAAUUUUUUAUAAAGUUAUGUAUCAUUUACAUGGCUUUUAAUUAAUUUUCCAUGACGACUGCAGUCGAAAUAUUUUACAUUAUUUUUUUACCUUCGUGCUAAUAUUCUUUUGACCCCAGUGUUCUGUUGAAGAAACGAAUCCUUCCCAACUUCGUUCCAAGGCUCUCUUUCCAAGCACACCGGUAACCUUUACCACGCCCCUAUUAAGUUUACCCUAACGGUAGAAUACCUUUGGUUGAAACUUUGCAUGAAGCAGCCACAUUAGUAAAACGAAAUAAACCAUGUUCUUUCGCUCCUAGACGGACGCAACCGUGGCGCUAGAACUAUGAGAAAGCGCAGCGCUAUUGAGAAGCAAAUAGUCGUGGGGACGAGGUUGAGAAUGAGGCAUAUUAUUGCAAUUUUUUGUAUUUAUCUAGGACCUAAAAAAAUUCAAGAAUAUCUUUUGGUUGGUAUGCCAGACACGUUUACACAUUACAAUUGAACUUCAUUAGCAAAUUUUCUUUAUAUACUUUUAACACAGGCUUUUUACACAGAGGACUGGCAACUAGUGAUCAUGUUCUCGAAAGAUGGAGGUGGUUCAAGAUGUCUGCGCAUUAUUAUCUCAUGUCUUGCACUAAUUAUUGUGGCUAUGGCUGUUGGUAUUGUAUUCUUAUAUAUGGAACUAGAUGAGGCGAAGGACAAAAAUGAGGACAACAAAUUGACCUGUACCAAAAGCGAUUUUGUUAUCAAUCCACACUUAAAUGACACAAAAGGUAUAUUCCAUGAGCUCAAUGAAGAAGAAAUAAGGCGUGUUGAAAGUUAUAUUCUGAAGCUACAUAAUAUAUCCAGUGAAACGAGAGCUCCUGACAAGUACAUUAUGUUAAUUGAUGUUUUUUAUCCUCUGAAACAAGAUGUCCUGAAUUAUCGAGACAAAAAUGAUAUUAGGCCUGUUAGAAGAGCAAAAGUGGUAAUUAUGAAUGGCCACACGCUAUCUGAUUAUGUUGUUUGGCCUGUUAAUAAUCCUAAACAUAGUGAAUUAAUCCAGUACUCUGAUCGACCUAAUCCAGUUUACAAUAACCUUGGAAGAUUUAAUUCGAAGGUGGACACUCUGGCUAUUUUCAAAAUUGUUGAAAAAGCUGUUGAAAAACUUUGGCCGCUUUAUCAAGUAACUUUUCAAGAUGUCGAAAACAUAACUGCACCUAUAUUUCUUUUCACAAAUGGUUUUCAAUCUAGAACCUUGGACACACACUCUAAGGUUGAUAAGCAAGGUGUGUACUUAGGUGUGUACAUGGCACGUAAGCUUAAAAAAGUAUCCUACUUUCAAAAAUAUACCAUGAUUUACUAUAUUGUUAAUGUGACCACGCAAAAUCCAAGCGGUUGGCACUUGUUACAGGUUAUUUUGGGAAAGAGUGGUAAUUUUAUCAAUCCUAUGAAAUUUAGGGAAGAAUUUUACAUUUGCCCAACUUGCCUUUAUUAUAUCAAGGACGAAUAUAUUUUGAUCAGAAAAAGUGUCGUAUAUAACAACCAAUCAUAUUCGAGCGUUGAUGACAUUUAUAAAGCAUUUAUGAAUAAAACACUGACCGUAGUCCACGUACCAAGCAUUCCCGAAUACGAAAACAAAGAAAGUUUGUAUCGCAGCCAUGAUGGAAAAGAAUUUUCAGGACCAAUGUUAACUGAGCAUGGUGGACAUCGAUUUUCUAUUCAAGGCAGAAUAGUUAAAUAUUUUAAAUGGCAAUUUGAGUACGGUGUUCGAGCUUUAACAGGGCCAGGAGUAUUUGACGUUCGUUUCCAAAACAGGAGAAUAGCUUACGAAGUAAGCUUACAGGAUUACGCAUCGUUUUCUUCCUCAGCAGGACCGUUUCUUUCAUCUGGACAUUUCUUUUACUCGUUGCAUGGUCUUGGGAAAACAGUAUCUUUAGUAAGAGGUGUAGAUUGUCCUGAGAAAGCAGUCUAUAUGGACAGCACGAGCUAUUUCAAAAUGGUAGCAUCAGAUAAACAAUCCGUCGUGACAAAGGAUGCGAUUUGUAUGUUCGAGAUAAAUAAUAAUUUACCGUUACGGCGUCAUAGAACGUCGUCUGAAUACGGCGCCCAUCCGGAUAAUGUAUUAGUAACACGGUUUGUUCUGGAUAUCCAACUUUUAGAAGCUGACGUCAUAUUUGACUACAUAUUUCAUCAAAAUGGCGCGCUGGAAGUCAAAGCAACUAUCACAGGAUACCCUGUUGUAAAUUAUAAAUUUGAGAAUGUUGCCAAUGGUUAUGAAAUUUAUAGUAAUCACAUAGGUAUGAUUCAUGAUAAUUUCUUGUUGUUUAAAACAGAUUUGGAUGUAGAUGGCGCAAAUAAUUCUUUUUUAACUUUAAGCACCGCUACAGGAAUGUAUAAAGAGCCUUGGGAUAGUGAACCAGUUCUUAAAAAAAAAUUGAAGAUUAAUAACAUUCGAUUUGAAAAAGAGGCAGCCAUCCCAGGUAACAGUUCUUUGAACUAUUUUAUUGUUUAUAAUAAAAAUUCGAAGAAUAAAUUCAUGCAUAACCGUGGUUAUCGCUUGCAAAUCCUUUCCCCAACACGACAAAUUUAUCCCGACGAUCACAUCGCGACAUUAAAUGCUGAAUGGACAAAAUAUAAACUUUCUGUGACAAAAUAUCAUAAAAACGAAACUUCUGGAGCGUGCUUGCUAAACAAGGUAAGACAGAAAAUACCGCCGACGUGUUCAUUUGAUCAACGAAUCAACAAUUCGGAAUAUAUAGAGAACACUGAUAUUGUUGCAUGGGUAACUAUUGGCGGCCUUCAGAUUCCAACAAGCGAAGACUUCCCAACUAUUACAUCAGUCGGUAAUCAAUAUUCAUUUUUGUUAAGACCAUUUAAUUUCAUGGAUGAAGACGCCAGCAUGACGUCAUCAGAUAGCGUGUAUUUCAGGAAGACGGACAAUUAUUCAGUAAAAAAUAUCACGAAGACAAAUGCUUGCAACGUGUAGCUAUUCUUUUUGCAUGUUUAUGGACAACAAUUUAUUGGAAACAGUGUAAGGUUUUUAUAUGAUAAUUAGUUUUGUAAUAUCUUAUUCUUUAAAAGUACCGCCCAGGGGAACAAAACAUUUUAGGGCGUUUAUUCAAAAAGUCAAGUCAAAAUAGUUUUUAUUUUAGAGUGGUCAAAGACAUGUCAUAUGUGAUACGAAAUAGUAGAAUAAGUAAAACGUAACCUCCUGAGCUAAAAGUUACUAUGUAAUUUUUUUAUUGAUGAGAGAAUUUAUUAAAUAAUUGGCCCAAGUAUUUAUUCAAAAGGGAAAAAAGUUAGCUGAAUUACAUCUUGGUUUUAUUGUUUUAGAAAAAAAUCAAGAGAUUGGGAUUGAAAUAAAUUUUUCGAUUGCUGUUCUGUAAUUUUAUUUUAGUUGAGGCUGAAAUGAGACCGUCAUCAUUCAUACACCAAUGAACAACCAUUUUUAUAAGACUGGACUAAAUUUAC